CUGGCAAAACACUUGGUUUUCAUGGGACACCCUGUGACUUCGGGACCUUAGUAAAGCCUGGCUUCUAACUCAUGGACAGAUUGUAACGAAUUCUAAUUUCCUGCUUCGUGGCUGCUAAAUCAAAUUAUAGAUAUGACUUCUUCAAAUACUACCCUUGACGAUAAGGACACCUUUAAAAUCUUGGUGGCCACAGACAUUCACCUCGGCUAUUUGGAGAAAGAUGCGGUGCGUGGAAAUGACAGCUUUGUGACAUUUGAUGAAAUUCUGAAGCUCGCUCAUGAUAACGAGGUUGACUUUCUACUGUUGGGUGGAGAUCUUUUUCACGACAAUAAACCCUCCCGGAAGACCUUGCACACAUGUCUGGAGAUGCUGCGAAAAUACUGCAUGGGAGACCGUCCUAUCCAGUUUGAGAUUCUCAGUGACCAGUCUGUUAAUUUUGGCUUUAGCAAGUUUCCAUGGGUAAAUUACCAGGAUAAUAAUCUCAACAUUUGUAUCCCUGCCUUCAGUGUUCAUGGAAACCACGACGAUCCAACCGGGGCUGAUGCUUUAUGUGCUCUGGAUUUAGUAAGCUGUGCAGGACUUGUCAAUCAUUUUGGACGUACCACGUCUGUAGAGAAAAUUGACAUUAGCCCCGUGCUGCUACAAAAAGGAUGCUCAAAGAUUGCUCUGUAUGGACUCGGCUCCAUACCAGAUGAAAGACUAUAUCGCAUGUUUGUUAAUAAACAAGUCACUAUGCUGCGUCCCCGCGAGGAUGAAUCGGAGUGGUUUAACUUGUUUGUUAUACAUCAGAACAGGAGCAAGCAUGGAGCUACAAAUUACAUUCCAGAACAGUUUUUGGAUGAUUUUUUGGACUUGGUGAUUUGGGGCCACGAACACGAGUGCAAGAUUGCUCCGGAGAGGAACGAACAGCAGCUGUUCUACGUGUCACAGCCGGGGAGCUCAGUAGCGACUUCCCUUUCACCGGGAGAGGCAGUAAAGAAGCACGUUGGCUUAUUAAGAAUUAAAGGGAAGAAAAUGAAUAUGCAGAAGCUACCAUUGCAAACAGUUCGCCAGUUCUUUAUCGAGGAUAUAGUCUUAGCUGACCAUGAUGACCUUUUUAACCCGGAUAAUCCAAAAGUGACCCAAGACAUAGAGAACUUUUGCAUCGAAAAGAUAGAAGCCAAGUUGGAUUUAGCAGAAAGGGAACGUUUGGGAAAUUCUCGCCAGCCUGAUAAACCCUUGAUCAGAUUACGGGUGGAUUACACAGGAGGCUUCGAACCUUUCAACACUCUCAGAUUCAGCCAGAGGUUUGUCGACCGGACUGCGAAUCCCAAGGAUAUAAUACAUUUCUUCAGGCAUAAAGAAUAUAAAGACAAGAAGGAUUCUGUACAGAUUGAUUUUGGGAAAUUUGAUAGAAAAGUUACUUCAGAGAUGACAACGCUGAGGGUAGAAGACCUCGUGAAGCAGUAUUUCCAGACUGCAGAGAAGAACGUUCAGCUUUCCCUACUGACUGAGAGAGGGAUGGGAGAGGCAGUUCAGGAAUUUGUGGACAAAGAAGAGAAGGAUGCCAUAGAGGAGCUGGUGAAAUUUCAGUUGGAAAAGACACAGAGAUUCUUAAAAGAACGUAAUAUUGAUGCCGAAGAGGAGAAAAUUGAUGAAGAGGUAAAAAAAUUCAGAGAGACAAGAAAAACGAAUACAAAUGAGGAGGAUGAAGAGGUUCGAGAGGCUAUAAACCGGGCCAAGCAGAAAUCCCAAACAGAAGACAUUAACAUGAGUGAAGAUGAGGAUAUUGGAAUGAAAAGCCUUGAUGACUCCGACGAGAAUAACUCGCCAGCACCAGUGCGCGGACGAGGACGAGGUCGGGCAAGAGGCCGUGGUCAGAGUACAACCACGAGAGGAACUUCCAGACGAGGAAGAGGAGGUGCAAGUGGUGAACUGCCCUCUAGUGGAAGAACGUCUAAAGCACCUGCCAAGAAUAUGUCUAUCAUUGAUGCAUUCAAAGCAUCCUCAUCAGCAAGACAAUCAACAGGAAGAAAUGUUCCCAAAAUGAAGUAUUCAGAGGAAAUCGAGGAUGAUGAUUCAGAUUUUGGGGAAGUGUCCUUUGUAUCUUCAUAUCGAACUGAUAAAAGACCUGCCAGUACAUCAUCUUCCUACAGCAAGAAAGGUUCGCAGAGUCAGGGGGGUGUAGGAGCCUUCAUAGAUGAUGAUGAGGAUGAAGAUGAUCCCUUCAAGAGCAGCGGAUCUGCCAGGCGGAAUCGGCGAUAGAACUUAUUGGUUGCUGAACACACUCUUGCAUGUUGUAUUAUAUCCUCCUUUGGUGUGACACGUUAAUGGCUACUCUGUGUCCUUGCUGAAGAUGCUGUGUAUCUUGGCUCAUUAGUCAGGCUGUUCUUUACUUCCUUUCUGUAGAUUUCCGUAGAGACAGCUCUUUAAGCAAAGCGAGGUCAGAUUACCUUUUUCUUUUGUUUUGUUUUGAUUUUUUUGUUACCAACUUGUAUUGCAAGAGUUGACGCCAGUAAUUGAAAUGUUAAGAUGAAUAAUUAUCUAUCAGUCCUGGCUGACAUUCAUUGUGUGCUGCGCUCUCUAAACUGAUGAACCCUUCAAUGUACAAUGCCUACACUGCCGCCCAGUCAGGUCGGAAAGAAAAGGAGUGAUAACAGAUGCGGUGGCCAUGGGAUUUGUUUGUCAGAACUCGCUUUAUGUCACUGUGAAUCACUAUAUAUAUGUCACGGUUACAUUAGAUAAGCCCGGUGACCGUUUUAACUUGUUUCAAAGAGAUUGUUUAUCAUUUACAAGUAAUGGUUGGAGUUGGAAUGACGGUUUGAAAUGCUGAAAUACACUAGCUAAUGGAAACAAAAUGAGAUGUAUGUUAACGCUCUCACGGCCACGCUUUAGUACUGUUGCCUUCCUCAAUGCUGGCUGAGUUAAAUUUUGACAGCUUUUGGACUCCACUCCUAUGGCCUCGUUCACCACCAUGUGGCCACCAUCUUGUUCUUCUAUAUAUCGAACGCAGACCAGCAUGUCAGUCCAUACUCAUGUAACGAGUGGUCUUUGUAUGUGGCAAAGAAAACAAAUGCAGCAUAAAAUACUUGAUAGGUUAACAUGUAUUUCCCGCGAAAUGCAAGUUAGUUGGGUAUUUCCCCACCUUCCCCCCCCCCUCCC